AUGGCCUCAGAUGAGCAAAACAACCCGCCACCGACAGAGGCUUCAUCAUCGACAUCGGAGUCCCAGUCAGCAUACAACGACCUAAAACGCCUGAUCCCUUCACUCGCAGCGGAAUUGGAGCUGCUCAGGACGUCUUUGCGGGAACACAGCCUGUGGCUCCUCCGCUACGGCCACACAAACAGCCUGCCCGGGUCAUCCGCAGCAGGGCCCUCCGGCCAAGCAACAACGAGCACCGUCCAGCCGCCAACCGGCAACCCAGACCAGGACCGGUACAUCGAGCCACGGCCGAUUCCCCCGCCACCGGGGCCUCAGCAACGACCCCAUUCAUCGUCACAAGGGCCGCCGCCGCUGCCACCACCAUCAUCGGCGCCGCCCGGCGACCAGGAACCUGAACUCCCAGGGUACUCCGCCUCCGACGUCCCGCCUUACACGGGCGGCUUCAGCACCGUGUCGGCGUCCACGCGCGAGGAGGUCCGCCAGCGGCGCGACCAGCUGACCGAGUGGCUGCGCGAGGGCGAGGACGUGCUGCGCGAGUACUCGGCGCGGUUCGCGCAGCUGGCCGAGGAGCUGGGCCAGCCUGUCGAGGACCCGCUGGGCACGUGGCAUAAUGCCAACCCGGACAACGCGCUGCCGGACUACCAGCAGGUCGAGGAGCGGGAGGAGCUGAUGGUCGGCGGCGUCGGCGAGGUGCCGCCGCCUUAUCUGAGUGAGAGGCCGACGCCCAAGGGUGGGCAGGGUUGA